AAAAAAUCUCGAGGUUUUGGAUUAAUUUUUUCCCAUACUUUUUCCUCCCCGUAUUGGCGCAAUAUCUAUCAGAAGUUUCCAAACCAGAAGAAAAUCCUUGUGAACAUUACAAGCCCGAAUCAAGGAAGGUCUUAAUUGAAGGAGCACCGUUGCAUCCAUGGGUGAAGGAGAACUUUCAUUGUUUUUAUUAUUUCCUUCUCCUUAUGAUCAAUUCUUUCCACUGUCUAUUGUAUUUCUUUGGUAAGAGUGUUGCAAUUAUAAGGAAAGGUGUAGGGAGGAAUUACUCAUUCUCCAGAAUAUAUACGUACAUGUACAUGAAAGCAGUCUCCCGAAGAAGAACGUGAAGAAGAAUACUUGCAAGUUUCAGGCAUAGCAUAGCAAUUAGUAGUGUCCACUCUCAAUAUAAAAACCAUCGAACCGAGACCCUGCAAGGGAGGAAGAAAAACUGCGGUUUUCUGGUCCCAGCUGAUCUGCUCUGCUGCUCUACUGUACCCGUCUCAUCGAAAAAUGGAGUCUCUGCUUCAGGGUUCAUUUCCUCGUACACCUUCUCCACUUUCCACAGGAGAAAGAAUCCGGAGAGGCCAUACUUUCAGGAAGGCCGAGUUGCCAAAUCUUUCAUCCUUAUUAUCCUAUGGGUUACAAGUUCGGGGGAGCAGUUCAGUGGACAUCUUCAACAAGUACUCCGCAGAAUAUCAUCAUAACCAACCCCAACGGAGACCCAGACUUUACCUCCGGAGCAGCAGAACUUUCUUGGUUAAUGCGUAUUUGCUGCCACCAUUGGAAUCUCAGCCUGGGGCUAAUUACAAAACUAAUAGCCCAUGGAAUUCCAUUAAAAAUGCUGCCGAUACCUUUUACCAGUUUUCUCGGCCCCACACUGUCAUAGGCACAGUGUUCAGCAUCAUCUCUGUUUCUCUUCUUGCGGUAGAGAAGAUGUCCAAUUUAAACCCCUUGUUCUUCACUAAAUUAUUGCAGGCGGUUAUUGCUGCCCUCCUGAUGAAUACAUAUGUCGUUGGUUUGAAUCAAUUGACCGACAUUGACAUAGACAAGGUCAAUAAGCCCUAUCUUCCAUUGGCAUCAGGAGAAUACUCUGUUGGAACUGGUGUCAUGAUCGUUACAUCUUCUUUGAUUAUGAGCUUUUGGCUCGGAUGGGUUGUUGGUUCAUGGCCCUUGUUUGUGGCCCUUUUCGUUCAUUUUGUGCUCGGCACAGCUUAUUCAAUCAAUUUGCCACUACUGAGAUGGAAAAGAUCUCCAGUUGCUGCUGCAAUGUGCAUUCUAAUUGUUCGGGCCCUGAGCAACCCAACAGCAUAUUUUCUGAACAUGCAGAUUCACGUGUACGAGAGACCAGUUGUCUUUCCGCGCUCGUUGAUAUUGGCCACUGCAGUCAUGACCUUCUUCUCUAUUGUUAUCGCAUUAUUUAAGGAUAUCCCCGACAUUGAUGGAGAUAAAAUAUUCGGGAUCCAGUCUUUCACUGUACGUAUGGGGCAAAAGCGGGUGUUUUGGAUAUGUAUAUCACUCCUCGAAAUGGCUUAUGUUGUUGCCAUUCUUGUAGGGUCAAUAUCUCCCUGUCUUUGGAACAAAGUCAUCACGGUUUUGGGUCAUGCUGUAUUGGCCACCGCACUGUGGGCACGGGCCAAGUCUCUUGAUCUCAAGAGCAAGGCCGCAAUAACUUCCUUCUACAUGUUUAUUUGGAAGGUGAGUAUGAAAGAUCAGAACAUUCAUUCUAGAACCAUGUCAAAUUCAGAAAUGUGGUCCAAAGAACGUGCGUGCGUGCGUGUGUGUAUGGAGAACACACGUUUCAUCUUCUCUUUUACUUUAUUUCUUUUGUCGAUGACAUAUUUCAUCUCGUCGAAGAUGCACGGUAGAAUUUUUCUAUGGCGAAAUUUCAGUGAAGGGAAGUUUAAAUUGAACUUAUGGUGAAAUACUUACCCUGAA